UAAAGCGAGAUAACGGGCCGUGGACAGCGGGCUAAAACUUUUUAUUCUGACAUAACAGAGCAAUGACAUUUGUGUAAUUAUAAACCUGGGACACGGAUCCCAGCGAAGGAGUAGGGUCUGUGCUGGACGAAAAGAGAGAAGCGCUGAUUUUUUUUUUUUUUGGGGUGUGGAAUACCGGACGGCGCAUUCACAGUAGAUUCUGACCAAGUUUGCCUUGUCCAGAAGUAACAGUGGAAGAGUUAAAGUUACAGUAACAAUAUGAGCUUGUUGUCUGCUAUAGACACCAGUACCUCAGUGUACCAGCCUGCACAGCUUCUCAACUGGGUUUACCUUUCUUUACAAGACACGCAUCAGACGAGUGCCUUCGAUGCCUUCCGACCCGAGCCCAACUCUUCCCAUCCGGACCUGAACUACAGCAAAUCUCCUGCCAAUGACCUGAGCUCCUCUCUCAACUCCAACUAUCUCAACAACUUCUUUCAGCUGCAGAGGAAUGAGGCCCUGAAUAAUGGUUUAUACAAAAGUGUGUCCCCGUAUGGCUCUCUUAACAACAUAGUGGACGGGCUGAACUCUCUAACGGACCACUUCUCUGACCUCUCCCUGUCCUCUGAGCCACGCAAGCCCAGCAAGAGACCUCCACCAAACUACCUGUGCCAUCUCUGCUUCAACAAGGGACACUAUAUCAAAGACUGCCCACAGGCAAGACCCAAAGGCGAAGGACUGACUCCAUACCAAGGCAAGAAGAGAUGCUUUGGUGAAUACAAGUGCCCUAAGUGCAAGAGGAAGUGGAUGAGUGGAAACUCCUGGGCUAAUAUGGGACAGGAAUGCAUCAAAUGCCAUAUCAAUGUUUAUCCUCAUAAACAGCGUCCUUUAGAGAAACCCGAUGGCCUGGAUGUUUCUGACCAGAGCAAGGAACACCCGCAGCAUCUGUGCGAGAAGUGCAAAGUCCUGGGCUACUACUGCCGCCGCGUGCAAUAAGGAGGAUUCUGAGGUCGUCGCCACCCUUUUCCAUCACUUCGCCUACCAAGCACUCCAAGAAAAAGUGAAAAGUGCCUAAAUAUUCAUGUAAAUAUCUCCAACGCUAGUAACGGCUUUGUGUAUCAGCAGCAUGCGAUGCAUUUAUUGUGUAUAAUGGACAAAUGAAUAUGGUUGGGACAGUAUUUCUAUCCGUACGGGACGCAGUGGAUUACCUCACCAUUGUGUCUCCUGAUUGUGUGUUUACAGACUCUCCCUUCAUUCUCCCUGCCAAGUGAACUAUAAGGAUGUGCCGAGCACUAAAGGUGUCACGUUAGUUUGCUCAGACAAGGGCCCAGUGUGCCUUUGCAGAGUUUUUGGGUCAAUAGCACAUCAUAUUAACUGUGAAUUAACAGAGGGACAAUGGACUUUCCAUCCCUAGCUUUUGUGUCACAUAUUUAUUUAUGUUUGUAUAUGGUUUCGUAGUGCAAUUGAAUUAAGUAAACUGGGAUAAUUUCAUCUGUGAUUGUAUCUGGACAGGUAUUGUCUAACCCCACCUCUUGCCAUUAGAAACUACUGUAGAAUAGAACUUUCUAAUGCUUCGGAUUAGCUCGUCAGGUAGUUUAUAUCUUUCACAUACAUGUUUGAAAUGCCAAAUGUGAGAUAUUUUUGUCAAGUUGGCUAAGGUCAGCCCUGGAGGCACCCAUAACAUUUGAAUUGAGUUGUUGGAAACUAUGCAAAACAAUUGCAGCUUAUGCAGAAUCAUCAGUUCCUUUACAUUGUUGCGCAGUCAAAUGAAGUGUGUGGAUGAUCGAAACAAAGCCAUGGCUAGCUGAUCAUCACCGUCCUUUGAAAUGUGAUUAUGUAUGUUGUCAAUUGUUGCCAGAGAACUGCUUCAAAUGUCUUACAAACCCAUGUAAAGCUGAGGUGUUUUGGUACAGGCGUCAAAAUGUGAGCUUUUCAGUCCAUGUGCUAGCAUUUAAAAAAAAUAACGCCUGUUCUUCACUGAGAUAUUUGCCUCAGGAUAAAGAGUGUGUUUUAAUGACACAUCUCAGAUGAAAUACGGUGCACGUGUUUUAUAUAAACACUGCUCUAGAAAAUGUCAUUAAUUAAUUUCACUAUUAUGCAACACAUUCAUUUUUAAAUCCAAAAUGAGUCAUUCACAUCCUUCACUCUUAAAAAUAAAGGUUACAAAAUAGAUUUUUUUUCCCACAACAACGCUAUAAAAUAACCAUUUUGGGUUCGCAGAAGAACCUUACAGUGAACCAUUUGUCUGAACCAUUUUUUCUUAGUGUGAAGAACAUUUUAAUAACCUAAAGAACCUUUAUUUUUAAGUGUUCAAUCUGACCCUUGCACUAAAAUGUUUCAUUAAAGAAAUUUGCCGCUGUUUACACAAUCAUUCUGAUUGUAUUUCAGUCAGAAUGAAAUCCUUAAUUUUAAACGUCUUUAUUGCCUAACCCCAUAUCUGCAAGUUUAUGCAUUAUCUACAAACGUACCUGAUGAAUUACACCCCGUUUAAACUGUGAUUUUCAGGAAGCAUUUUUUAUGUGAGUGGACAAAUAUAUGGUUGUAAAUGGAAAAGAAGGACAAAGUAAGUAAUGCAGAUUAGUUUUUUUUUUAAAUGUAAUGAGAAAACACUUUGGGUACAUUUAAUUGAUCAGGAGACAUUUAGAGAGAGAUGUAUUAUUGAGAGCAUUAUAAUGGGAGGGUGUUAAUAUUUGGAUGGAAAUAAGCGUGUACAGGAUCUCAUCUACAGUAUGUGCUGUUACCUCUUGUUAUGGCUCACACAAAGUACUAAUUGAUCAUAUUUGAGUGUGACCCAGGAUCAUUGAACAAUAAUUGUAGCUUUACGUGUUCCAGUGGGAAGUCGUAGACAGAUAUUGUGAGAAAUGACAUUGCGUUGUUAAUCCUAGAUGUACAUAUGAAGUUAAACGCAUAUACAUGGUAAAUACAAUGUGUAUAAUUGUUUACUUAUCUUUGGAGUCCACAUAUUUUCUGUUGAAUAUUAGUUAAUGUUUCAUUUAUUGGGAUAAAGAUAUGAAUUGGGAACUAGAUUCUAGUACCUUAACACAGUUUGGUUAUGAAAAGUCAGGAUUUUUGCCAAGGAAUGCCAUGCAUGAUGCUGAGGAAUAAAAGAGCCCAUUAGAUGUCUGAAAAUGUAAACCAGCUAAUUUUACUUCAGUUAAAAAAAUGGGUUUGAGUUUCUGAUAGGAAAUUCAAGGAGUAUAAACUGCCAGGGAGUCAAUCAUUAGAUCACUGUUAAAUAAAAAACAAGGCUGUUUCUGAGAGUUGCUAUCAUUUUUUCUGAGACCCUUUAUUUCUUGGUAACUGUGUUUUUCUGGUGUUGCUAAUGGCUUCGUUGUGCAUACAUUCUUACACGCCAAGGUUUACUUCAGGCUUCAUUUAGGCUGGAAUGAGCUACUCUGCUUUUUGAUAAACACCGUAAUGAAUGGCGUAAUGAAAAUAACCAGUGAAAUAAACGAUUACUGUGGAUUCAUCAUAAUCAUUGCUGAUCCCCCAUAGCUGGUAGUCUACACAUAGUGAUCUUUGGGAUCAAUUAAAUUUAUUGUCAGUUCUGUACACUUUAACAGAUGACUGAAUGCACCACUAGAUCUAGGCCUUGCUUUAUUAUAGCAAAAUAGUUGCAUUGCACUAUAUACAUGACUAAAAUGAAAACAGCCCUGAGUUUUGUAAAUGUUGAAGGCAGAUUUAUGAAACUGAGCUUCCCCUGAUUUCUGCUUUAUUGAAUGAAAGACAGAGCUUGUGGUAUUGACAGUGUACAUGCAUUUAACAUUAUACAAAGUGCUUUUUGCGCAUGUUUUUUUGUCUUGAAAUACAUAUACUUGACUUUUAUAGCUCACAUUCAGUAUAAACUUGUUAUUUUCUAUUAAAGGUAUGUGUAUUUUGGAAACAAUAUUGAUGAUUUAGAUUUUGGAGCAAUUUGAUAUCCAAACAAGAUUUUGUUGUUUUCCCUUACAAAGAUACUAGUAUGUGUUUUGUGUAUAUAUUCGAUUACCAUCAAGUUAGCGAUUUCAAAAUGUUAUGAUGCAAUAUUAAAACUUUGUAUGUGAAAAAGGGCAAAAUGCUGAUGCAAAAGAGCUGGGAGUUUUUUUUCUUUCCUUUGUUUUACAAUAAUCUUUGGUUAUAUCCUACAGAAAUAUUUAUGGAAGGAUUUUGUUCUUUUUUUAACAAUUCAAUUCUUUUUGUAUAAAAUAUGCAACAGAAGCUACUCUAUGAAGAAAAUAUUGAUGACUACAUAGAAUAUUAUUCAAAAGUUGGUACAUUAUUAUGCCCUUACAAGCCAUUUUAAUUGUUUUGUUAUUUUAGAUUUUAUUGUUAUAUAGUAACCUUACCCGUUAUGAGCAUAUGUGUGCUUCAACGUUGUUUAUAAUCGUUGUGUCUGCUAUACAGCAUGAAUGUUUUGAUUUGCAUUUAUAGAAAACCUUCUAACAUCACAAACAGCUAUUUUUAACAUAACAGAGACUGAUUCGCACUGUAAGUCGUAGAGCCUUUUUACUGAGGUGUUUUAUAGACGCAAAACAGUGGCAAAAAGACGUGAUUAACUCCAGUCAUUGACCAUAACACUGAAUUGCACGUACAAACCUUUUACAUGGUCGACAUGUGUUAGUGAAUCAAGCCCAUACUGUAUGAAACUGUGCGCUCUAGUUAGCCUUCUCCAGUUACUGCCAAGUCCAGGAAUGAUGUUAAAAUAUUUUUCUUCAUAUGUAAAAAUGAAAAAAAAGAGACUAUUUUUCAAACAAGUGUAUGGGACUGAAGUUUGCAUGUGCAUGUUUUUUUUAAAUGAUUCAAGAUUGAUAAUUUGUGCAAUGUAUUCUUAUUUAAUAUUAAUACAUGUUUAAUUCUUGCCAUGAUAUCUUUUGUAGAAUACACCUCUCUUAUUGUUAGUCAUAAAUAAAUGCCUCUAUUUACUCUUAGGAUUUCCAGUACCAUUAAUAGAUUUACUGAAUGUACUGAUUUAACACUCAUGUUUGUAAUGUCUGUAAAAUAUUUGUCAUCAUAUUGGAGUGGACCGAGCAACAGAAAGUGCUAAUGAGGGAAUGUGGGACGAGAUGAAAUCUGUUGCUCUGUGUCCAUGAAACGGCAUUCCGAUAUGUGCCUUAUUUGUUAGUUAGGAAAACUGAAGACUGUGCUUUUAGAAGUUUGUUCGAUUAAAACAUUGACUAAGUGAAUCAUGACUCUGUUUCGUUUUUUUGUAAUAGCACAG